CUGUUUGUUUUUAGCGGGGCUGGGUGCUGGAAGGCGGAGUUGACAGAGCAAGACGUACAUAGCGAUAGCCUUCGUUAAAAAGAAGGAAAGAAUCAGUGUGCAAACAAGAAUGCCUUCCUCUUACAAAUCUUAUGCCGUGCUUGUAGGAUUCGUAUUGCUUUAUAUCCUGUACCUUGUAUUUGGAGCCCUCGUCUUUUCCAUUAUAGAGAGACCCCAGGAGGAAAGACUGAAAAUCGAGCUGAAGACACUCAAAGAGCAGUUUGUUAACCAGAGCUGUGUGAAUGUAACAUCUCUAGAAAACUUUUUAGUCCGGGUUUUGACGGCGAAUAAGUAUGGGGUAUCAAUGCUUCGAAAUGCUUCGUCAGCUUCAAACUGGGAUUUCGUCUCGUCUUUAUUUUUCGCCAGCACUUUGGUCACGACCGUAGGUUAUGGUCACACCACACCGCUGUCAGAUGCGGGAAAAGCGUUUUGCAUCAUCUAUGCCCUGCUGGGGGUUCCGUUUACAAUGCUGGUGCUGGCUGUCAGUGUCCAGCGCCUUAUGCAUCUGCUGACCUAUAAGCCGAUUGCCCUGUGCCAGCGCUGGGCUGGCUGGAAUCCCAAGAGAGCCGGCAUCUGGCACUUUUUGCUCCUCCUCUUUUUGGUGGUGCUGUGCUUCUUUGCGAUCCCAUCUGUGAUCUUCAGCGCCAUUGAAACCUCGUGGUCGUUCCUGGAUGCCCUCUAUUUCUGCUUCAUCUCGCUCUGCACCAUAGGGCUUGGAGAUUAUGUGCCAGGAGAGCAACCAAACCAGAAGCUCAGGUCCCUCUACAAGAUAUCUGUGAUGGUCUACCUGUUGGUGGGAUUGACGGUCAUGUUCCUGGUACUUCGCACCUUCCACAAGCUGGCUGACUUGCAUGGCCUGACAUCAUUAUUGCACUUGCCCCACUGUGAGGAGGAGGAAGAAGACAAAGAGCCCAUUGUAGCCGAUCAAAGUGCUCCUAAUGAGCAGGCAAAUGUGGACAAGAACACUAGUAAGCCUUUGGAUCCAAGUUCCCAGGUCUCCUACAGCUCCAUCAACAGAUAAGCCAAUGCUGUCCAGAAGUUCAGUUGAACUACUUCACCAUUAUUACUAAUUCCCGUCAUGUCAGUGAUGGGAUAAUAAGCUUAUGGUCUUUCUGAAAGUGAAAUGAUACUUUCCUUUGUAAUGAAACAUGUAAUCAGAAUUCAUCCCUUUUACUUGACUUGCUGGGAAGAUUUAAUGUGGAAGUAUUUUUCUCAUUUUUUAAAGAGGGAUUUCAAGAAAUAAGGUGUAUAAGGUGCAUAAAUGCAAGCCAGCUCUAACACUCUUAUAGUAUUAUCUUAUCAACCUGUAACACAAGGGACAAGUUUUAUGUUGGCUUUAAAAGUACAGGAAUUAAUUGAAGGUAUCGAAUUAUUAUUAUUAUUCUUGUUUGUACAUUCUUUCUUAUCCCCGAUGCAUUUCUUGGUAUAAAUAAAUAUUGGAGCUGGAUUGAAUCUGAAUUAAUAUACGGUAAAUGCUGAUGCUCCCGAAGGUUGUGGUCUGUGUUCUUGGUUUUGCUGUAGUGUUUUUAUCAUGUAUAUUAUAUUAUAUUAGUGCUAUUUAAUUUCUCAAAAUUUAGGUGGUAACAAGUUGGUCCUCAACGUACAUGUAUUUGAAAAUAUCUGUGGUGUUAAGAAUUGUAUGCUGUUACUUUUACUUUUGAAAAGUGUCAUUAAAAACUUUUUUUUUCCUGAAGAAAUAGUUUACAGCCUUUCUCAAGCUUUGGAUUGGAGAAUUGGGUGGGAUAAAGUAAGAAUGCAAAGAAAAUGUCUGACAGUGGCAGUAGAAUAUGAUAAGUGAUUUACAUCACAGCAUCAAUGCACAUGCUUAUUAAAACCUUGUCUUCUUAUUGUUUGUUCUCCAGAUUUAUUUAAAUAAAAUUUACGGAAACUUCAUUACAA